AUGUUCGCCCCAAGCAUCAAGUCCAAGACCCAAUCCCUACGCCUACACAGCUUUCGCUUAGUGUCAUGGUCGCAGCAAUAUCGAGCCCAGUCGAGUUUGAGCAACAACAAUUCCUACUGGAGCCACAUUCCGUCUUGGAAAGAUGUUUCCAACGAUGAAUUUGUGUCAUAUCGAUGGCAGCUGCGAAAUACUGUCUCAGACAAACACAAACUUUAUAAAUUCCUUUACGAGGUUCUGCCGGAAAGACUAGGCUCUACCGAGAACGAGCAAUUGAAAAGGAUCCGAACAAAAAGCAACUUUAUCGAGGAUGCUAUUGCUGCCAUCAAGUUGGUACCAAUGUCCAUCCGCUUAACACCUCAUGUCCUCUCGUUGGUUGAUUGGAACAAUCCUUUGGACGACCCAAUCCGGAGACAGUUCCUUCCUCUCAGAAGUGGUAUCAUCCCAGACCAUAAGUAUCUCGAGUUGGACUCGUUGCACGAGGAGCAAGACAGUCCUGUUCCUGGUCUGGUACAUCGUUAUCCUGGACGAGCUUUGUUUUUAGCCACAUCAAUAUGCCCUGUCUACUGUCGCUUUUGCACCAGAUCGUACGCAGUUGGCAGCAAUACUGAUACGGUAUCGAAAAAGCCACAGAAACCUAGCCGGAAGCGAUGGGAAGUUGUAUUCGAGCACAUUGCUAACGAUGAAUCUCUCCAAGACAUUGUUGUUUCAGGUGGAGACUCUUACUUCUUGCAACCAGACCACGUCAGAGAGAUUGGUGACAGGCUGCUGGACAUUCCUCACAUCAAGCGCGUUCGCUUUGCCUCGAAAGGACUAGCCGUUGCGCCUGGUCGUAUUCUCGAUGAUUCGGACCCCUGGACUGACAGUCUCAUUGCUGUAUCCAACAAAGGCCGAGAAAUGGGAAAGCAAGUGUGCCUGCACACUCAUAUCAACCAUGCAAAUGAAAUCACUUGGAUAACGAGGCUCGCCGCAAACAAGCUAUUCAAACACGGUGUGAUUGUCCGCAAUCAGUCAGUCUUAUUGAAAGGGGUCAAUAACACCUUCACGGCACUUUCCGAUCUCAUCAAGUCGCUGGCCGACAUCAACAUUCAGCCAUACUAUGUAUAUCAAUGCGACAUGGUACAAGGCAUUGAAGAUCUUCGUACCCCCCUCCACGAGAUUAUUGACUUAGACAAACAAAUACGGGGAACUCUUUCGGGCUUCAUGAUGCCAGCCUUUGUAAUUGAUCUUCCUGGAGGCGGCGGAAAACGGCUUGUAUCGACCUAUGAGAAGUACGAACACGGCAUUGCUACAUACAAGGCCCCUGGUCUCCCUGGUGCCAAGGGCGAAAUGACGUACACCUACCAUGAUCCCAAGCCUGUCAAAACAGCCGUCCUCGAAGAGUUCCAGCAACGCCAACUCGAAGCGCUCAAACAGGGAGAGACACUAGAACAAUUCUUCGCUCAAUCAGCUGCUCGCUUACCGCGUCCACCUUUGCCGAAUCCUUCAUCGAAUCAGAACCCUCUGCGCCCACAACCUACAUCAACGGACAUCGUCCCAGAAUUCUGGGCUCCGACUCCAAAGCCAGCAUAUACCUACUCUCAGAGAAUGUGA